CUGGGCCCGGCGAGCGGAUCUCGGAGAACUGGCACUUCCCACGAGAGACCUCUCCCUGCUCCCCGAGCCGCGCAGGACAUGAGCCACGGGAAGAGAACCGACAUGCUCCCGGAGAUCGCCGCCGCCGUGGGCUUCCUCUCCAGCCUCUUGAGGACCCGGGGCUGCGUGAGCGAGCAGAGACUUAAGGUUUUCAGUGGGGCGCUCCAGGAGGCACUCACAGAGCACUACAAACACCACUGGUUUCCAGAAAAGCCAUCCAAAGGCUCUGGCUACCGCUGCAUUCGCAUCAACCACAAGAUGGACCCCAUCAUCAGCAAGGUGGCCAGUCAGAUUGGACUCAGCCAGCCCCAGUUGCAUAGCCUGCUGCCCAGCGAGCUGACCUUGUGGGUGGACCCUUACGAGGUGUCCUAUCGCAUAGGGGAGGAUGGCUCCAUCUGUGUCCUGUAUGAGGAGCCUUCGGUGGCUGCCUCCUACGGCCUUCUCACCUGCAAAAACCAAAUGAUGCUGGGCAGGAGCAGCCCUUCCAAGAACUACGUGAUGGCGGUCUCCAGCUAGAUCCCUGCUGCCCCCACCCCGGCACUCUACUGUACUCAUUCGCCAUGACAACAGGCCACCGCAUACCUCAACCUGGGGAACUGUAUUUUUAAAUGAAGAGCUAUUUAUAUAUAUAUAUAUAUAUAUAUAUAUUAUAUAUAUUAUUUUUUUUAAGAAAAGAGGAGAAAAAAAACCAAAAGAUUUUUUAAAAGAAAAAAAUCCUUAAAGGGAGCUGCUUGGAAGUGGCCUCCCCAGGUGCCUUUGGAGAUAACUGUUGUGUGUUUGAGUCUGUGAGCCAGUGUCUGCUUAUGGGAGGGGGAGUGGUUGGGGGGUAGACCUAGCCAAGGUGAGGGAAAAGCUUGGUGGCAUCCCAGGAGGUAGAAGAGGGAGCAAGCAAGGUUAGCACCUGUGAAUGAGAGGUCAGGAUCUGCCCUGCAGGACCUCUCCUCCCAGCUGGGUCACCUGAAUUCCUGGUUCCUCUCUCUCAGGGGCCUUUAAGCCAGGACUUCGAUAAUACUAUGUUGCCUAAUGUCUUUUCUAAUGAGAUCUGGGCAGAGUGAAAAGGCCUCUCCUUAUUCCUCUGUCCUAAGCAGCUUUUCUCAGAAAUCAUGACUCCUUUCUGAUUCUACCCUUGGGGCCUGUAGAGGUUGUUUACCAGCUAGGAAUCUAAAGCGCUUUUUUUUUUUUUUUUUCCCUCCCUCGGGAGGGGAUGCUAAGGCUGGGGUUGGAGGUCUUUGGGGUUAGGAUGGAAGGGAACUCUGCACAGAACCUUUGCUUUGCUGUGUGCUGCUUUGUGUGUAUGUGUGGCAAAUGAUUUGGGGGUGAUUUGCAAUGGAAUUUUGGGACCCAAAGAGUAUCCACUGGGGAUGUUUUUUGGCCAAAACCCUUCUUUUUGGAACCACAUGAGAGUCCUGAUGCUGCUACAAUUAUUCUUUUGAAAGGUGGCUCAAAAGCUACAGGGAACUUCAGGGCCUUUUAAUACUGCCUUUUUUUAAAGCACAACACUCCUCUCUUGCCCUCCUGUCCUCUCCCCUUCUGGUUGGGUCACGGGCUAUCCUAUUUUCUAGGACAAGAGUUCUCAAUCACUGUGCAAUAUGCCCCAGGAGGCUUUGGAGAACUGGCUCAUAACACCUGGUACCCUGGUAGGUUUCCCCUCUCCUCAGCUGAAGGGGAGGAUGCCCAUGCUCUGCAGGACUACUUGGUAUACUUGCAGGGCUGACACUAAAAGCCAAACCUUGGGCAUUUUUUUCUCCCUGGUGCUCAGAGCACCUGUGGGAGAAUUUGUUGCCUCAUAGUAAAAUCCAAAUUCGUCUGUAGACUUGUGCAAUAUUUACUUUUCU